GGAACCACCAGAAAUCAGAAAACACCAACGUCCCUGCAAAACACAUACAAAAUCAUCUUGUUGACGGCUUCAUAUAUCACCACCAACACUUCAACGCUCAGUUAUACAUGCUCGCUCCUACGUACACAUCCGAUUGAGCUCAUCCCCCCCUCCUCCCCCGCCCACUCUUCUACAUCCGCCCGUAUCAUCAACACCAAAAAAAUGUCGACGCCGCCAGGAGGUCCUGGAGCUGGAAAGGUCAAUGGCGCUUUAGGGAAGGCCUUCGCGCACAUUGACCUCGAUGGUCACAAUCUGCCUCCCUCACCUGCGCCCUCGAGCCCAAGCAACGGAAGAAAAUAUGCAUUGGCGACUGCGCUGGUCUACACCGAGAGCAAGGAUCAGUAUGGAGCUUCGAGCAUGCCAAUCUACCAGUCCGCAACAUUCAAGCAGACCUCUGCCGGCGGAGGUUCUGAAUAUGACUACACUCGCUCGGGCAAUCCCACACGGACACAUCUGGAACGCCACCUUGCCAAGAUCAUGAACGCCGCGAGAGCGCUGGUAGUUGGUUCUGGUAUGGGAGCUUUGGAUGUUAUUACCCGCAUCCUACGCCCUGGGGAUGAAGUCAUUACUGGCGAUGAUCUGUACGGAGGGACUAAUCGACUCUUGACAUAUAUGGCCGCCAAUCAAGGAAUUAUUGUGCACCACGUCGACACAACUGAGCCCCAGAGAGUGAAGGAGGUUGUGUCGCCGAAGACAGCCAUGGUUCUGUUGGAAACCCCCACGAACCCCCUGAUUAAAAUUGUCGAUAUUCCUACGAUUUCGAAAAUGGUGCACGAGAUGAACGAGAAGGCCCUGGUCGUGGUCGACAACACCAUGCUUUCGCCAAUGCUGUCAAACCCUCUUGAUCUUGGCGCUGACAUCGUCUAUGAAUCUGGAACGAAGUAUCUUUCAGGCCAUCAUGAUAUCAUGGCUGGUGUUAUAGCAUUCAACGAUCCGGCGAUUGGCGACAGGAUGUAUUUCACAAUCAACUCUACCGGAUGUGGUCUCGCACCAAACGACGCUUUCCUGCUCAUGAGAGGUAUCAAAACUCUCGCAAUCCGCAUGGAGAGACAGCAGUCCAACGCACAAGCAAUUGCCGAAUUCCUCGAGUCGCAUGGCUUUCGUGUCCGAUACCCGGGCUUGAAGUCCCAUCCCCAGUACGAUCUCCAUUGGUCCAUGGCAAGAGGAGCAGGAGCAGUUCUGUCAUUUGAAACUGGUGAUGUUGCUCUCUCUGAGAGGAUUGUCGAAGCAGCCCGACUAUGGGGUAUUAGUGUCAGCUUUGGUUGUGUCAAUAGCUUGAUCAGUAUGCCGUGCCAGAUGAGUCACGCGAGUAUUGAUGCGAAGACAAGAAAGGAGAGACAGAUGCCGGAGGACAUCAUUAGACUCUGUGUUGGCAUUGAAGAUGUGGAUGAUCUAAUCGACGAUUUGAGCAGGGCGCUCGUUGAGGCGGGUGCAGUCACCGUUACUAUGGACGGUUUCUACGCGAAAACCCCGGCUCAAGCAUCAAUAAAAGAGCCCGGUGCAGCAGCAUCAGCAUCGUGAAAAGAAGAAUUUCGUACUUCGCAUCUGCCAGGCGUUUGAUUGGCUCGGAUAUCAAAAAACAAAACAAAAUAUUAGAAUUCGGCAUCUGCUUGGUGGCUCAUGGCAGUUAUUAGGACAGAUGACAGUGUAAAAUACAUUUAUUUUGCGGCUAUAUCCCUCUCUCCUUGGUCAAGAGAGCUGAAUCAGUCAGAUCGCUACCGCCUCAAAGCGUGUUGAAGCUGGCCUCGAUCGUUACCAACGGUAGGCAGAUGAUGACAGUCUGACACGGCCUCAUUCGAUAGAAGAGUGAUGAAUGUAUUUUGGGAAAGAAGUCUAUCAACGUUCUGAGUGACUUAAAGUCGUGCAAUUCAUGGUAAUAGAGAUUCAAAGAUAGUGUGUUCCGGUGUUGUGGCUCGCC